UAUGCAAGAAAGGAAUACACAUUAUUGCUCAAACUGUCAAAUCACAAUUCCAAAUGAUCAAGAGUACUAGGCUCACUAUAGGUCUGAUUUUCACAGAUAUAAUAUCAGAAGAAGACUAAUGAAUUUGGAGUCUGUUUCUUUUGAAAUUUUUUAGAAAAGUAUUAUCUCUAUUCCACAAUAGAAUUUCUUGAAUCGUAAAGUAAUACUUCCUGCUCCUCAAGCCAAGCUCAAACAUAUUCUUGUAAUACUUGCAAGUAUUUAUCAAACUUUACUUUUUAGAAAAAACUUCUUCUCAUCAGGAACCUAUUCCUAACACUUGAAUUCUGCUAAACAUAAAUAAGUGUUGAAGGACAAUAGAAAAAAUUCAGAUUCCUUGGAAAAAAAAUAAGUUUAAAAUUUACCUGAGUAAUGCUUAUUCUGUGAUGACACAUUCUAAACAGUGGAUGUAGCUUAUAAUCAUAUGAACACUGAUCACGGAUUUUUUAUUAGAGAAAAAGAAUCACUUGUUGAUAUGAAAGGUUUGAUCCAAUGUUUAAAGAACAUUAUUGAGAAAUAAUUUUAUUGCUUAUCUUGUCCAUCCAUAUUCUCUUCAUCAGAGGCAGCUAAAUAACAUAUGAUAGACAAAGGUAUAUAUGGAUUCCUUAUACCUUUUAGGUCAUUGCUUUAUGCCCAAUGAGCACUAUGAUGAACUGUGUCAUUUUUAUGAUUUUACAGAGAAAAUUAAAAAGUUGCUACAACUUGAUGAAAUUCCUGAGUUGAAUGAACCAUCUUUCGAAGAAAUUCUUGAAUUGGAAUCCUUAAGAUCAGAUUCAAGGGUUUCUGAAUUUGAAAUCAUAGAGUAAACUCCUGAAUAAUAAGCAAGAAGAGCAAAAUUAAUGCAUUAUUUAGAAAUCAUUAAUUAAAAUAAAGCAAAGGUAUUGCCAAAUGGAGAAUUGUAAUUACCAAAUGGAAAAAUGUAAAAUCCUAUUUUAAUUUAAUAGUAUUGGCCAUAGAUCCUUAAAACAAUAUUAUGAUUAAAGUCAUGUAGUACCUUUACCUGAAAAAAAUAAUCAUUUGCCAUUGUCAUACUAAACUUAACAAGCUAUUUUGAAUGCUGAAAAAUGAUUUAUUUCCAAA